CAAGCCUCUGCCGUGACAUCAAGUACACUGGCCCCACUGGGUCAGGCUCCAGUGGAGAUCCUCCCCGAUGUUCCCCUAAUGCAAAUGGACCCUCGGCGCUCGGUACACAUGUCAGGCAAGACGAUCGCCAUUCCACAGCCUUCUUAUAGGCUAGGGAAGAUGCUCGAUGCUUGUCAGAAGGCGCACAUUGAGGAAGAAUACGACACUGAGGACCUGGCUAUCCUAAAUGGAGCCGCAGACAAAGAAUCGACUCCCGAAAAAACGGAAGAAGUGGACUGGGUGCACGAUUCAGAGUGGGUGCAGACAAGUAUGAUGCACUUGAUGCCUCCGCCAUCGGAAUCAUCAUUAUCUUCGACGAUGGCACUGCAGAAGGAGCUCCAAGCGAUGUUAAAGGAACAGGAGAAGGCGACGAGGUUGAGCGAGCUAGGAUGGUAUAUGUCCCCAGAGCUAAAUGGAGGAAACUUAUUUCAAUGGAUCGUGGAGCUGCACUCGUUUGACCCAGACUUACCGGUUGCGAAGGAUAUGAAAGCUAAAGGUUUAAACUCGCUCGUAUUUGAAAUACGCUUCCUACCGACGUUUCCAAUAUCGCCUCCAUUUUUCCGGAUCGUCUUACCACGGCUACUACCUUUUAUUAAUGGAGGUGGCGGUCAUGUCACAGGGGGUGGUUCUAUCUGCAUGGAUCUUUUGACUGCAGACGGAUGGCUGCCGAGUUAUAGUAUAUCCGCAGUGCUGCUGCAGAUAAAACUGGCCAUCUCGAAUCCGGAUCCAAGACCCGCACGACUGGAUUCAAAAUGGGAUGCCCCUUACUCUCCACAAGAAGCGCUGGCCGGAUACACGAGAGCUGCAGCUACACACGGCUGGAAGAUCCCAACAGGUAUCGAACAAGUGAUGCGAUAGGGCUGACAACUGGUGACACCACCAGAACGAAGCAAAGGAUUUUAUUUGCCCAUUGAGGGGCUAUUUGGGGGAGCUAGUUAGCUGUGGUAUACACAAUUUAUCUAACGAGACCUGUAAUCGACUUAUCAUACGGUAUCUAUCUAGUGUUCUC